GACCACAUCUUCAUGCUGUGUGGGACUUCUCAGCUAGCUGCAGUCGCCAACAUGUCUUUGGUCCUGCUCUCUGUUCUCUGGUUCAUUGUACAAACUAAAGCAAUAGCCAUAAGGCAAAUACCUGAAUUUGAAGGCUAUGAAGUAGUUCAUCCGAAAAAACUGCAUAUUUUACACAAAAGGGAGAUACAGAACAACCAAACAGAGACACAUGAUAAAGAGGAAAAAUAUGAACCUGAACUUCAGUAUCAGAUUAUGUUAAAUGGAGAAGUCAUUCUCUACCUACAGAAAACCAAGCAUCUCCUGGGGCCAGACUACGCUGAAACUUACUACUCACCCAGAGGCGAGGAAAUCACCACAAGUCCUCAGACCAUGGAACACUGCUACUAUACAGGACACAUCCUGAAUGAUAAGAAUUCUGUUGCCAGCAUUAGUACUUGUAAUGGGUUGAGGGGAUUCUUCACACAUCGUGAUCAAAGAUAUAUGAUUGAGCCUCUGAAAAACACAGACCAAGAAGAACAUGCUGUCCUGACAUAUAACCAGGAGGAGCCAGACCCGGCUAACCACACCUGUGGAGUAAAAAAUGUUGGCAGAAGAUACGGCCGCAUUCGGACCUCUAGGUCACUCAGUAGCUCAGAGCAAGAAUACUUUCUUCGGGCUGAGAAAUACAUUGAUCUCUUUUUGGUGCUGGAUAAAGCCUUUUAUAACAUGUAUAAGGGAAAUCUAACUUCCAUAAGAAGCUUUGUGUUUGAUGUGAUGAAUCUACUCAAUGUGAUUUAUAACACCAUAGACAUUCAAGUGGCCUUGGUAGGUAUGGAAAUCUGGUCUGAUGGUGAUAAGAUAAAGGUUGAACCCAACACAGGCGUCACCUUUAACAACUUUUUGAAUUGGCAUCGUUCCAACUUGGGGAAAAUGAAGACCCAUGACCAUGCUCAGCUACUCAGUGGAAUUGCCUUCAACAAUCGACGUGUAGGAAUGGCAAACGCAAACUCCUUGUGUUCCCCAACUUCAGUUGCUGUUAUUGAGGUUUGUAAACCUACAGUAAAUUCAAAAUUCCCAAAGGAUUUCAGUACAUUGAGCCGUUCACAUUUUGAAAAAUACAUUUUAUCUCAAAAACCAAAGUGCCUGCUGGAAGCACCAAUUCCUAAAAAUAUAAUAACAAAACCAGUGUGUGGGAACAAGCUUCUGGAAGUAGGGGAAGCAUGCGAUUGUGGCUCUCCUAAGGAAUGCGCCGAUCCUUCCUGUGAGGCCAUGACCUGCACGUUGAAACCUGCCGCCGACGCUGAUGGUGGAGAAGAGACUCUGGUUCAGUGAAUGAAUUAAAAAAUCUACUCGAGAUGCUUCUUGCCAGGACAAGAGUCAAGAAAUCUAAACAUACCAGAAUGCUUAUGUAUGUUCACCUUUGCACUUAGAUGUAUUUUGCUUUUUAUUCAUCAUUAUCCUUUCUAUGUUUUUACCAGUCCAAAUAACAGGGGAAUAGAGGUACUUAAAGAAAUUGCCUGUUUUCUAAGACCUAGUUUUUAAUGCAUUUUUUAGGAUCAUGAAGCUGUUGUUUAGCUCAGCUCUUUGGAAAAUCAAAAGAAAUUAGCUCUUGACAAAAACACCUUAAAAUACACCAUGGAAUUAUUCAGAGUCCAUCUAGAAUUGUAAAAGUACAGGGGACUUGUAUUUUAACCCCACUUUUAUUUUAUUAGUUUAUAACCCAUGAAAAAAAUAGCACUGGGACUUGAUGAGCAAAACCCUUGGUUCAUGUGUCAUUUAUUACUCCUCUGUCUUCUAUUUGCCUUGCUCUUAGAAAUGUGGUAUUUUUCUAUAUCGUGUCAAGAGUAAUUAAAUAUAAACAUUUUUAAUUGUAGCACGCAUAAUCCUUUUCCCAGCACAGACACUGUGAAUUUUGAGAAGUCUGCAUUGCUUACAUUUUAUUU